UCCGCGUUUACCCCUCGGACGAGCCGGUCGUCGCCGUUCGUCUUAUCGGUGUGUUUGUGGUUUCAGUGUAGUGGGCGCUCCGCCGAGCCUUCGGUCCGGAGUCGCAGGUCCAGGUUGCAGCCAGCCGCAUAGCGGCUUCCCCAUUUUUUUUGUUUUGUCAGUGCACUCUCAUAUUUUUUGUUAUCCGAGUGAAAAGUGAUUUGUGAAGUGACCUAGUGGCAGUGAAAAUGGCGUUUGUCGGAUUUCUCGCCUUCGUGGCACUGAUUGCAUUAGGAUCAGUGACAUGCGAGGACGAGACAAUAGGGCCAAUCUUUAUAAAAGAGCCGCCGAACCGAGUGGACUUCAGCAACACCACCGGUGCGGUGGUUGAAUGCGCGGCGCGCGGCUCGCCGGCGCCCGACGUCAUCUGGGUCCGCUCCGACGGCACUGCGGUCGGCGACGUCCCUGGAUUGCGACAGGUGCUACCGAACGGCAACCUGGUGUUCCCUCCAUUCCGAGCGGAGGACUACCGCCAAGAGGUGCACGCGCAGGUGUACGCUUGCCUUGCACGCAACCCCGUCGGCACCAUCCAUUCACGCGAUGUCAACUUGCGAGCUGUUGUGUCACAAGCAUACACUGUAAAUCUGGUCGACGAAAAUGUGUUACGUGGUAAUGCCGCCAUAUUGAAAUGUUUGAUCCCAAGCUUUGUAUCUGAGUACGUCGUUAUAGAUUCGUGGAUAAUCUCUGAAGAUAAUAACGAAAAAGAAAUUAAAAUGCGAGACACUCUUCCAGAAAUGGAGGGAAAGUAUUUGGUAUUGCCUUCUGGUGAAUUACAUAUAAGAGAUGUCGGACCUGAAGAUGGUUAUAAAUCUUAUCAAUGCCGAACUAAACACAGACUGACCGGGGAGACUAGACUGUCAGCAACCAAAGGACGAUUGGUGAUCACUGAACCCACCAAUAAGAUUGCUCCACGAAGUGAUAAGAGUCGGAAGUUCGAAGGCGGUGAAAUAUUUUUAGUUUCUGCAUCAAAAUCUGUUUAUCUCACUUGUGAGGUCGCUGCUUUUCCUCCGCCCAUAUAUAGAUGGUACAAAUUUAUUGAAGGAACAACUCGUAAACAGCCGGUCACACUCAAUGACAGAGUCAAACAAGUGUCGGGAACUCUUAUUAUUAAGGAAGCAAAAGUUGAGGACUCUGGGAAAUACUUGUGCGUAGUAAACAACUCUGUCGGAGGAGAAUCAGUAGAGACAGUGUUGACUGUGACGGCUCCUUUGAAAACGGCGGUGGAGCCGGCAACGCAAACUGUAGACUUUGGCCGCCCCGCUAUAUUUACUUGCAAAUACGAAGGCAACCCCGUCAAGACUAUUACCUGGUUGAAAGAUGGCAAGGACAUGAAACAUCAUGACCCUCUACUAAGGAUCGAGUCAGUCAAAAAAGAAGAUAAGGGAAUGUACCAAUGCUUUAUUCGCAACGACCAGGAGAGCGCCGGCGCCAGCGCAGAGCUGAAACUUGGUGGACGGUUCGAACCCCCUCAAAUCCGGCACAGCUUCGGCGAGCAGACCCUCCGCUCCGGCCCAUCACUACGAUUGAAGUGCGUGGCAUCUGGCAACCCCACUCCCGACAUCGGCUGGUUCCUCGACGGGGAGAAGAUGACCAGCGGCGAACGGCUGCAGAUCGGCCAGUUUGUUACUGCCGACGGCAACGUCGAGUCCCACCUCAAUAUCUCCUCAGUUCAGACCAACGACGGAGGAUUGUACUCCUGUAUAGCUUUGAGCAAGGUUGGCAGCGCAUAUCACUCUGCGCGCGUGAACGUGUACGGGCUGCCGUACAUCCGGCCCAUGAAGAAGCGGCCCGUGGUGGCGGGGGACACGCUGGUGGCCCACUGCCCCGUCGCGGGGUACCCCAUCGACUCCAUUGUGUGGGAGCGAGACGGACGUGUAUUACCAAUCAACCGCAAGCAGAAAGUAUUCCCGAACGGUACACUAGUGAUCGAGAACGUGGAGCGCAUCAGCGACCAGGCCUCCUACACGUGCGUGGCCAAGAACUCCCAGGGGUACACCGUCAAGGGCAACCUCGAGCUGCAAGUCAUGGUUCCUCCUCAAAUCUCCCCAUUUGAAUUCGGCGACGAACCCGCAAAUGCUGGCGACACUGCUUCCGUCCAAUGCGUCAUGAACAAGGGUGACCUGCCAGCCAAUUUCUCUUGGAGCCUCAAUGGAAAGAAAAUAUCAAAAGUGAACACACUGGGGAUCGCUAUAGGCAGCAUGAGCCGCAAAAUGUCCAUACUAAAUAUUGAUUCGGUGAACGGAACGCACAGAGGUGUAUACGCGUGUCACGUCGAAAAUUAUGCUGGACAAGUCAAUCACAGCGCCGUACUGGAAGUUAAUGUUCCCCCGCGCUGGAUCCUUGAACCAACUGAUAAGGCUUUUGCCCAGGGUUCAGAUGCUAAGGUUGAAUGCAAAGCCGAUGGGUUCCCCAAGCCUCAGGUCACGUGGAAGAGGGCUGAAGGGGAUACUCCUGGCGAUUACAAAGACCUUAAGCCAAACAACCCUAAUGUGAAAGUUGAGGAUGGCACACUAAGUAUUUCAAAUAUCCAAAAGACUAAUGAAGGAUACUAUCUUUGCGAAGCUGUUAAUGGAAUUGGAUCUGGGUUGUCUGCAGUCAUUUUAAUCAGCGUUCAGGCUCCGCCUCAAUUCGAAAUCAAAAUGAGAAAUCAAACCGCGCGACGAAGUGAACCAGCCGUAUUACAAUGUCAAGCCAAAGGUGAAAAGCCAAUCGGUAUAAUCUGGAACAUGAACAACAAGCGCUUGGAACCUAAAUCCGAUCCCCGCUACACGAUCCGCGAGGAGAUCCUGCCCGGAGGAGUGGUGUCGGACCUCAGCAUCAGGCGCACGGAGCGCUCGGACAGCGCACUCUUCACGUGUGUGGCCACCAAUGCCUUCGGAUCUGACGACACUAGCAUCAACAUGAUUAUUCAAGAGGUUCCGGAAGCGCCAUACGGUUUGAAAGUUUUGGACAAAUCGGGAAGAACUGUGCAACUGUCUUGGGCUGCCCCAUACGAUGGAAACUCGCCUAUCAAGAAGUUCCUUAUUGAAUACAAACGCGCUAAGGGUAACUGGGAAAAAGACAUUGACAGGGUCCUUGUCCCCGGCGACGCCACUGAAGCCGGCGUAUUCAGUCUCCGCCCAGCCACGGCCUACCACAUUAGAAUCGUGGCCGAAAACGACCUUGGCACCUCUGAGCCUUCGGAAACCGUUACUAUAAUCACUGCCGAAGAAGCGCCCACCGGACCCCCGCAAGAUGUCAAAGUCGAUGCUGUUGACAAGCACACUCUCCGGGUUACGUGGAAACCCCCACCACCCCAGGACUGGAAUGGAGAACUUCAAGGGUAUUAUGUUGGAUACAAACUGGCCUCAAGCAACAAGUCUUUCGUGUUUGAAACAGUCGACAUUUCAAAGGAAUCUGGCAAAGAACAUCACCUGGACAUUUUAAACUUGAAAACCUACACGCAGUACGCCAUGGUUGUGCAAGCGUUCAACAAGAUGGGCUCCGGCCCUGUGUCCCCCGAGGUCCGAGCUUACACCGCGGAAGGCGCCCCCUCCGCCCCCCCUCAAGACGUCCUGUGUACGACGCUCACUGCGCAGACUAUCCGCGUCUCCUGGGUCUCCCCGCCCCUUGCUGCUGCUAACGGACUGAUCAAGGCUUAUAAAGUGAUCUACGGGCCCAGCGAGACUUGGUAUGAUGAGAAGACUAAGGACACCAAAAUCACGGCAAGCAGCGAGACCAUCCUCCACGGGCUGAAGAAGUUCACCAACUACUCCAUGGAAGUUCUAGCCACGACUAACGGCGGCGAUGGAGUGCGCGCCACGCCUAUCCACUGCCAAACCGAACAGGACGUACCCGAAGCUCCACGUGCCGUGAAAGCCCUAGUCAUGGGACCAGAUUCGAUUCUCGUGUCGUGGAGGCCCCCGGCGCAGCCCAAUGGAGUCGUCACCCACUACAACGUUUACACUCAAGCGCAAAAUGCAGAGCCUCAUCCUAACAAAGUGCCUGCCAGCCAGACCAGCUACUCCGCCACGGACCUGAAGGCCGGCCGCUACGACUUUUGGGUGACAGCCUCCACCAUCAUCGGCGAGGGACAACCCUCAGCCACCGCUUCUUGCAGCGCCAGUGAUAAGGUUCCCGCUAAAAUCGCAUCGUUCGACGAGUCGUUCGUAGCUACCUAUAAGGAAGAUGUGAAGUUGCCCUGCCUAGCCGUUGGUGUGCCCCCGCCUAACAUUCUCUGGAAGGUGAAAGGCCACCCGCUGGAAGCGCUGGAGCGGAUCCGGCAGCUGCCGGACGGGUCGCUGCAGAUCGCGGGCGUGGCGCGCGAGGACGCCGGCGAGUACUCCUGCCACGUCGACAACCAGUUUGGCACCGACACCGUCACACACACCCUCUCCGUUCUAGCGCCCCCAUUCCCGCCACAACUGACGAUCGCGUCUUCGUCCGUGUCGUCGCUGACCCUCCGUCUGAAACCUUCGGCCGACGCCGACCAAUCUCCAGCUGCAGGAUACACCAUCCACUACAAACAAGAGUUCGGUGACUGGGAAACUGUGCAGAUUCCUGCAAACACUGAUACCUACACUUUGGAAAAUCUAUUCUGCGGGUCCAAAUAUCAACUUUAUGUCACAGCCUACAAUGGCAUCGGCACGGGCGAGGCUUCGGACGUGGUGUUCGCGGGCACGCGGGGCUCCAAGCCGCCGGUGCCGCGUGCCGCCGACUUCAUCGAGGUCGGCAGCUCCUCCGUCACGCUGCAUCUCAAGCAGUGGCUCGACGGCGGCUGCCCCAUGAGCCACUUCGUCGUCGAGAAUAAGAAAAAGGGCACUGCUGAAUGGAACCAAAUAUCGAAUGCGGUGAAGCCUGGCGGCAACUUCGUUGUUCUUGAUCUGGAGCCGGCCACAUGGUACACCCUGAGGAUCACGGCUCACAACAAUGCUGGCUUCAACGUGGCCGAGUAUGACUUUGCUACCCUGACCAUGACUGGAGGUACUAUUGCCCCUCUGCCUAGUAACGUCGACGGGGGUAAAGACCUUCCCGUGUGGAUCAAAGCGUGGCUGGAGCCUGAAGUCUUGGUCCCUAUUCUGGCGACCAUCGUGGUGUUUAUUGUGGGAGUGGUCGUGAUCUGCUUGACCCUGGCGAGGAGGAACACCCCCCACCGGCUGCGAGGUCAGAAGGACGUGUACUAUGACGCGGUGUACAACGCGUCGCAAGCGGCGCUGGCGGGCGGCGGCGGCACGCUGGACAAGCGCGGCGGACUGCGCGACGAGCUCGGCUACAUCGCGCCGCCCAACCGCAAGCUGCCGCCCGUGCCCGGCUCCAACUACAACACCUGCGACCGCGUCAAGCGACAAGCUGUCAUCAUGGGCGCGCACUCAACGUGGGACCCGCGGCGACACCACUACGAGCGCGUGCGCCGCCCGCGCCUGCGCAGGCCCAACUCCGGCGACACCAUCUCCACAGGCAUGGAGGACGAGAUCUGCCCGUACGCGACGUUCCACCUGCUGGGCUUCCGCGAGGAGAUGGACCCGAGCAAGGCGCUGGCGUUCCCGCACCACCACGCCGCGCACGCCGGCACGCUCGCGCACCCGCAUCCACACCAUCCCGCGCACUCGCGCGCCGGCUCACAGAGCAUGCCCCGAGCCAACAGCCGCUACGCCCGCAAGAACUCCCAAGGAGGACAAAGCGCCAUCUACUCGACUGCCCCCGAAUACGACGACCCCGCCACCUGCGCCGAAGAGGACCAAUACCGCGCCCGUUACUCCCGACCGAUGUACGCGUGCGGGCCCGAGUACGACGAGCCCGCUUGCUGCGCGCCCGAGGACGACCAGUACACCGGCGCGUACGGAACCCCCUACUCCGACCACUACGGCUCCCGACCCAGCAUUGGAACUCGCAAGUGCGGUGGGUCCCCCGAGCCUCCCCCGCCUCCCCCCCGCAAUGCUAACGCCGACAACAACUGCUCCUCCUCCUUCAACGAGAGCAAGGACUCCAACGAAAUCUCCGAAGCCGAGUGUGACCAACCACGCAACUACCCGGUCAGGGCCCACACAGCCAAGGACGGCAUGCACGCCGAAGAGAUGAGGAAACUCAUUGACAGACCAGAAGCAGCCACCCCAGUCCCCCAGCAAGCAAUCCACGGGCGGGGACUCACAGCCUACGAUACUGUGGCAGUGUAACCUGUAAACUCAGAUCCAGCGCGACACACGGACUCCACCGUCGUUUCAUGGACGUCAUCAUCUUGCUGACCAGCUGCGACGCGCUUCAAUCAAACAUUCUUUCAGCUCUUAUCCUUUCCUACGACCGCUUGUGCUACCGCGCUUCUCAGCAAGUUGGUGACUAUCGUGCCAAAUUCCAUCAUGCAUCUCUCUCGUGUGUCAUUUAUUUUGUGUUGCCUUUUACGAUUUAGUUUAUCCCAACUUAGUUGGCUGGAUUUAUUUUUUUCUUAGUUUUAAGUAGCGCACAGUCGUGCCAUAAAGUUCGUUUGAUCUUCAUUACGAUCUGUGGCAAGCUGUUGUCGGGCUCGAUAUGAUAGACUUUUCCUUCUAAAAUCUAUUAUACGCGUCACUAUGUAAUGUUACCAUUUAACAGAAAAAAUAAGGUUGUGGUAGUUAUUUCAAAUUAAUAUAUUUUCGUUAGGCAGGUGACGCGUAGUAAACUAUCUUUCCAAAUUAAUAUGAUUAAGUACCUUCCCCAAAGCCCGAGUAGCAUUUGCCGCAGAACUCGAGACGAUACUGUGUCAACGGUACAUUAUAUACGUAGUUUUCAUUUUUGAUCUUAUUUGUUUAGCUUAAUUUAAAGAGAGAAGUACUUGUACUAAUAAAUGGGAGAGCUGGCUAGAGGGUGUUUUAUAGAAUGGAAAUUUAAAUUAAGCUCAACAUGUAAUAAUGUGAUAUUUUUGUAUUUUACACCCUUUAAUUUUGAAUAAUGUAAUACUAAGGUACGUUAUUUAUAUUUAUGUACUGUAGUAAUGAUUUUAAGUUAUAUAACAACCGCCCGGUUGUCACAAUGCUUCCUUUUUAAUGUUACAGCUAUUUUACCAUGAUUUUUGUAUAAUUGUGAUUUUUUUAUUUUUGCUCUGCGUUUACGCAUAAACUACUUAGGAUUAAGAUUAAUAAUAAGAUUCUUUUUAUUAUAGUAAUUAAUCAACUUUGAAAAAAGUACCUAUUACAUUAUAAUCCGUAGAUAGUUAGAACAUACGUAUAAUAUGUGUUAAACAUUAUAAUAUGUAAAAUUAAUCUGAUUUACGUAUGUGCGAUUUAUCGAUACAAUAAAAUCUACUGAAAUUGCCAUUAUGAAUACAGUUACCCAAACACAUGUUUAAGACCAAACAAUAAUAAUACAAUGUAACAAACAUACUGACUUCAAAUGGAAUUCAAACUUUUAAUAUUACUCUAGAGUGCUAAGGUGCAUUUUUAUUAAUCAUAAAUAAUCGUAAUUUUACCCCUUAUAUUAUGCAAACGACUAGGUGUAAGACACGGAGGUGUCAUUUUCUAGGUGUUUCCUUAUAUGUUGUGCAUUGUCAUGUAAGCUUCGCAGAGUAGGCUUGUAGUUAGGUUAUUGCGACUUCCUAGCAACAGAUCUUCUUAUAACCUUCCAAUUAGAGAUUUGCGAUUUGAAUGAACUUAGUUAAAAUUAAUGUGAAAAAAAAUUAUUCUUAAUUAUUAUGAAAAUUAAAUAUGAAAUAUCCAAUAGACUGCAUUGACUAACACUUAUGAAAUGGUUUGUUUAGGGUUUGUAUUGUUCUCAUUUGCAUUUCAAUGCUCGACUUUGUUAGCGAUCGCCGCAAGAUGACUCGAGCACUGAUAAAGCUUCACUUUCGCAACUAACUGUUUGUACCAAAGUGUUUGUGUUGAAUAAAUUAUUCAAACGUCAACUAAA